CUAUUUCUCUUACUCGCGCGAAAUUUGAUACUGCGUUUUGCAGGUGAGAAGCGCGUCCGACGACUGGCACCCUAAAGCGAUGACGGAAGGCAAUGAAAAACUUAAACAGAUGGAAGAGGAAAUGGAUAGGUUUGAAGCUGAAAUCGCCCAUCAGUCAUCUGUUUCAACCUCGAGCGUUCCAUUAUCAGGUGGUUUUACUUUUCCACCGGUAACUAGCUUUAUGCCUCCUCAGUUGCGUGUACAUCAAAACCCGACAAAUAUCAUUCAACCAAUAUACUCAGUUUUGCCGAUGCCACCUGGAAUAUCCAUGUUCGUUCCUUUAUCUCAACCUCCUGUAUCGUGCUACCCCAUGAAUGUUACUCAUGCACAUUUACCACCAUCCAAUCAAGUUUUCAUGCCUCCAAAAACAUCGAGUGCAUCAAUCCCAACUUCAAAAACAGAAACAGUUUCUACUGCGUCCGUUAAUAAAAUGAAUAACAGUGAACUGAAUCCUGUUCAGAAAGUCAUUACUGCCCCACCACAAAUGGCAGGUCCAAACGAACUGGCAGCUCGAGCUAAGGAAGCCGCUGCUGCUGCUGCGGCUGCCAAAUCCAAAACUGAAGAUGAAGAUGAUGACGUUACUCGAGCGUUGUUAGCUGCAGCAGCGGGAGUUACGUACACACGUGUUCAAGGUCGGGAUGGCAAAGAAAAAGUUAUGGCUAGCAUUACUAAACCGCCUUUAACACCUGUCACCUCACAGUCAAAUAAAAAACCAAAAUCAAGCGACCCCUCUGCAGAUACAGAAGCUGACAAAGUGACACAAACAAUUCCACUACCAACUGUACCACCACCUAUUUAUCGUCCAACCAACACAAACACAAAUGACCAAUCAUACAAAACAAAGAAGUACAUACGUGCCGCUGCUGGAGCUACUUGGGAAGACCCAACUUAGCUGAAUGGGAUCCAAUUUCCAAUGUUUUCUGAGACUAGUGGAACAUGUCUCUUUUGUAUAUAAUCCUUCAAACUCUCUGUGUGGAUGGCUAGAUCUUUAGCAAUACAAAGGAGACGAAGAAGUGCUACCUUUGGUAGGUUUCUUUUCACCUUAGAUGUCAAUUUUAAAAGUAUCCCGUCGAAAUUGAGUAGUUAAUGUUGACGAUGUUUUCAUCUUCCGCAAUUAUUAUGAAGCUUUGUUUGCAUACCAAUCUUUCCGUGAACAAGGUGAUUUGAAAAGUCACCGCAGUUUGUAGCUAAUAGAUUCUCGGUUCAAUUUCUCCUCUAAUCUAAAUCAGCCGUUUGUUCAGCUGAGCUGAAAUUAGUUACAACGUAGCAAUAAAACGUUAUUGUGGACAUUAAGCCUUUAUCUAGUAGUUCACAAGAGCAUACUUGGAUUUAUCCACCGAGGUUUAUGCAACCUAAUGUUAUCACAAGCUAUUGCACAUUGGUAUGUAGUGUGCAUGGUCACUGAGGUUGUUUAAUUACUUAAGGGAAUCAUUAGAGGUUUGAUGCUUAGUUUUAGGGAAGUUUCCGUACACGUUCCAAUGCACUAGUAUUUAAUAAACAACCUUUUAAUCCAACUUUUCUUAGCUGUUAUUCACAUUAAUUUUCCUAAGUGGAAGCUGAACUUGAGGCGAAUAGUGUUUGCUAUUUCCCCCGACUCACUAGUAUGUAUUCUCAUGUAGUAUUUUAUGUAACAUGUUUUCUUGAGAUGGACUACUGCUUAUCUUUAUACAGAUGUAAGCUGUUUUCGAAUCCGGCUAUGAAAUAAUCAUCACGGUCAAAUGUUUUGAUACAUUUACAGGUCUUAUGAUGUGGAGAAAGCUGUAUUUUUAAUGACGCGAAUUUUUGUUGUGAAUAAUAUAGAAAAUGUUUCAUUGAUCUCUAGGUGAUUUUCGAUUAUUUGUGGUGAUCUGGGUAACGAAGUGACGGAUGAUACUUUGUCGCGGGCGUUCAACCGUUACUCUUCAUUUCAAAAGGCAAAGGUUGUUCGAGACAAACGUACUGGCAAGUCUCGUGGUUAUGGAUUUGUCAGCUUUUCUGAUCCUAUGGACUUCACUCGUGCCAUGCGAGAAAUGAAUGGUAAAUAUGUCGGUAACCGUCCUAUCAAGCUUAAAAAGAGUGAUUGGCGCAAACGCCAACUAGAAGUUCAUCGAAAAAAGGAGAAAGAAAAACGCAAACUUGGUUUGAAAAACUGAUAUUUUUUAGUACUGACCUGUAAAAUAGUUCGUGUAUAUUUUCUUGUUACUAAAGCGAUGUAAAAUUUUAUCAUUUUCAUUUCCGAUGAGUUUAUCUUCGUCUUCACCCUUUGAUAAAGCUAUGUUAGGCUAUGUACUGAUAGUUUACAGGGGAUAAAUCUUUGCAUCUCCUUAUUUUUUAUUGAUAUCUUGUCAGUGCAGAUCUUGAAUAGAAUCGUAAUAAUCCA